ACGCUUCUCGGCGCUGUCGGCUCUUUGGAGAGGAACCCUCAGCUGCUCUCCGGCAGCGAUUCGGCAUCGCUCCUCCUUUCUCCGCUCCAGCUAGUCGGAGGUGGCGGCAGCAGCAGCAGCAGCAAUAGGACGGCGGGCGGGCUCGUUCCUUUCCCCUUUAUUUAUUUAUUUUUCGGAGAAGUGGCGUUUGCAGCCCGGGGUGGGGAGGGAGGAGUGUGUGCGUAAAGAUCCGGCCGCUCCGGAAAGUCAAAGUGGGCUCAGCGCAGUUCCUCUCUCCGGGAAAAGGGGAGAGCGGGCCUUCCCUCCGCCGAAGGAGGAGGCGGGCGGCUCGGCUGUUGUUUCGCCGCCGCGCGUUUUUUGUUUUACGCGGCGCCAGGGAAGCCCCCCUCGCCCUCGCCAUCGGGGCGCAGCGCCGCGGAGAGCCGGCGCCGCGGUGCGGAUUGUGCGCGCACGGCGCCCAACUAGUUCCUCUUUCCGCCGGGCAGCCGCCGCCGCCGGAGACACUCGGUCAUCGUGCCCGCCGGAGGAGGAAAAUCCCUGCCAGCCAAGUUUGGCACCGGCGGGGAGGGCGACGGCGAGGCGGCGCAGGGAAGGAGGGAGGGCGAGCCGAGAAGAAAUGCCAGCGCCUGUGAUUUGUGGCUGAGCUGCUCCCCGGCUGCCAGCCAAGCCGCCCGCUUCGCCCACCGCUGGCUCCCCUCGCCUGGCACCGAUGCGCCCCCCCCCCCGAGGGUCGUCUCCUGCGCCCUUUGCUGCGCGGCGCCCUGUGAUCUCCGCGCCUCGACCACCCUCGACGGCGUCGUUCUUCGCCCCGCUCAGCGCACUUUUAUCCUUAUUAUUAUUAUUGGAAAGGGGGGGUCUCUUUUUUUCCUCGCCGACUGUUCCCCCUCCUUCCUAAAAUGACGAUCGGUUUGGGAAGCUCCUUCUCAUCAUCAUGGCCAACGGGACGGGGGCGGCGACGGUCAUGCUGAAAUGCGUGGUGGUGGGCGACGGGGCGGUGGGCAAAACCUGCCUGCUGAUGAGCUACGCCAACGACGCCUUCCCGGAGGAAUACGUGCCCACCGUCUUUGACCAUUACGCAGUCAGUGUGACAGUCGGUGGCAAGCAGUAUCUUCUGGGGCUAUAUGACACUGCAGGACAGGAAGACUAUGAUCGCUUGAGGCCGCUGUCGUACCCCAUGACUGACGUCUUCCUCAUCUGCUUCUCGGUGGUGAAUCCAGCUUCCUUUCAGAAUGUGAAGGAGGAGUGGGUGCCGGAAUUGAAGGAAUAUGCGCCGAAUGUACCCUAUUUGUUAGUCGGAACCCAGAUUGAUCUCCGUGAUGACCCCAAAACUUUAGCGAGGCUGAAUGACAUGAAGGAGAAACCAAUUUGUAUGGAGCAGGGACAGAAAUUGGCAAAAGAGAUAGGAGCCUACUGCUACGUGGAGUGCUCGGCUUUAACCCAGAAAGGACUGAAGACGGUUUUCGAUGAAGCUAUCAUAGCCAUUUUAACUCCAAAGAAACACACGGUGAAAAAACGGAUAGGCUCAAGGUGCAUUAAUUGCUGCCUGAUCACGUGAGACCCGCCGGGACGAUGGCCACACAUACUGUGAAAUAUUCAAUACCGUGCAAACAUACACUUAAAACAACAACAACGCUCUAU